CCUCCCCCGCGCCACCCGGAGCCUCGUCCCCGCUCCGCCGCUCGGCCCAGCAGCGACACAGCGCCCAGCCCGGCCCCGCAAAGCUUCUUCCCCCCCUUCCCCUCCCCCAAUGGAGGAGCAGCCCCCGCACCACCCGCACCACCACCACCACGGGCACCACCACCACCACCACCACCACCCGCACCACCGGCACUUCUGCUAUUACCCGCAGAGCUCCUUCCUGCCGCCGCCCGACGGCCGGGCCCAGCCCAAAGCGACGCUCCGACACCCGGAGGGGCCCAAGCGGAGAACAGGCUAUGGAGAGCUGAACGGUAACGCAGGGGACAGAGAGGUGUCACUGAAGUCUCUGUGCUCAGAGGAGACCACCAGCCCCACGUCCAGGGUGCCCAAUGGCAGCCAGCAGCCCGCAGACCCCAACGUGACCCCGAAGCCGUCUGUGAAGGGCAGCUCUCUGGGGAAAGCCGCCAUCAAACCCAAGAAUUUUGUUCAGAAAAAUAGCAUGGACAAAAAGAAUGAGAAGCCCUACGACAGCAAAGUGAGGGAGGCUCAGCCUGCCGACAAGCAGGACGGGGUGUCCGUCCCCAACGGCGUGGUGAGCGGCGGUGCCACCUACAUCACCAAUGGCUACGUGGGCAAAGGGGGGGCCGACAACGACGGGAGCGGCUCCGAGAGUGGCUACACCACCCCAAAGAAAAGGAAAGGCCGGCGCAACAGCGCCAAGGGCUGCGAGAGCUUGAACCUCACGCAGGACAAAGUAAUGCAACAGGAGGUCGGCACGCCGGCCCUCAAACAGGAACUGGAGAGUUUCAAGCCUGAUUAUAGCGAGCAAAAGGGGAACCGAAUUGAGAAUACGAAGCCUGUUUGGAAAUACGAGGCGGGGGGCGGCGGGGCGGGCAGGGGGAAACCAGGAAUUGGAGACGUGCAGAGGAAAAACUCGGAUGCCAAACCUGGGAUUAGCGGCAAGAAGUUUGAUGAGCGGCCCAAAGGGAAGCACGCUUCGUCGGCCGCGUCUAAGGAGGACUCGUGGACCUUAUUUAAACCACCCCCGGUUUUUCCAGUGGACAAUAGCAGUGCUAAAAUCGUUCCCAAAAUAAGUUAUGCAAGCAAAGUUAAGGAGAACCUCAACAAAGCAGCUCAGCCCCCAUCUGCGUCUUCGUCAUCGUCGUCUUCAUCAUCUGCCGGGGAAGCUCAGCCCGCCCCGUCCAGCCGGCUGUCCCAGGUCCCCAUGUCUGCUAUGAAGUCCGUCACUUCUGCCAGCUUCUCCAACGGGCCCAUCCUGGCCGGGACGGAUGGCACUGUGUACCCUGCGGGCGCUCAGCCCCUGCUCGCCUCCGCUGCUGCUGCUGCUGCUCCUGUCCCUCCCACCCCCAGCGAUGCGGUGACCCCGGACGUCGGCGCAGCCCCAGCGGCUGUGGAGCAGAAGAAAUCCAACCUUUUUAUCUACCCUUCCAAUAUGCAAACCGUGCUGCUGGGUACGGCUCAAGUCGAUUUCCCGUCGCAGACGAAUCAGCAGAACCUGGGAGAUAUCUUCCAGAACCAAUGGGGUUUGUCCUUCAUCAACGAGCCCAGCGCCGGCCCCGACACCGCGGUGGGGAAAUCUGCCGAUAGCCAGUCAAUGGAAGUGACGUUUCAGGGGGAAUAUCCCGCCGCGUUGGUUUCACAGUGUGCUGAAAUCGUCCCCUCAGGAGCUGAGCAGCCCGUGUUCCCCAAGGCGUACGAGCUGGACAAACGGACUAACCCAUCCCCAGCUCUCAGCGCUGCCCCAAAGCCUGGGACUGCUGGGGAGGGCGGCGGUGCAGCCCUGGAGUCGCAUCACGCUGGCGAGCUGCAAAAGGCAGAGGCUGGCAGCCAAGGUGCUUUAGUGUUUCUUUCAAAAGACUAUGAAGUAGAGAACCCUCUGGCCUCUCCCACGAACAAUUUGUUAAGCUCCGCCAAAGAACAGGGGUACCAGAGAGGCCUAGAAAGGAAAGAUAGCUGGGGUUCUUUUGACCUGAGUGCUGCUGUUAAAUAUCACACUAAAGAAAUGGAAGCGGUUUGGAAUUUGCAGAAGCAAGAUCCCAAAAGGAUAAUCACCUACGACGAAGCCAUGGAUCACCCGGAUCAAUGAAGGUAGCAAGACAAGACUGCCUGUUAUAACCUUUCUGCAGCAUUUGUGCUGUCCGUGGGGGACAAAAGGCUUUUAUGCUCCUUCUAAAUCUUCAGUACAGCAGAGGAACCGUAAUUAGAAUCACAGGAUAAUAUAUACAAAUAUAUAAUAUAGUUAUUUAAAAAUGGCGACUGAAAGUAAUUAGACUUCUUAAGGAAUCGGAAAGUUUAUUUCAACGAGACUACACACGUGAUUAUUUAAUCUCCGGUACUGAAUAGAUUCUUUUUUUGUUUGUUUGUUUGUUUUUCCAUUAUUUUUGUUCUUUUUUUUUUCUUUUUCUUUUUCUUUUUCUUUUUUUUUGUUUAAAGAGUGAAUGCAAGUGAUUAACAAAUACAGACUCAAUUUGCAAGCCCGGUUCUAAAGUUCCCGCUGUCGUCUGCACGGGCAACAGCAACCCACUGGAGAGGCAUUUCCACCUGACGAGGUCUCUGUCUCUUGGUCUGUGACUGUAAUGACACACACUAACCACAGGGAAAUCAGGAUGAUCCACCAUCCUUCAGCUCCCCUUCCCCUUUUUUUGGUUGUUCUUUUGGUUGUUUUUUCUUUUCCAGAGAAUUCUAAGCGCAUGUUUUGCCAGGAGUAAAGCAGCCAGCCCCGUUUUGGGGCAAAAUGGUCUUAAAGCAUCAUUCUUUUUAGGGGGGGAGGGAGGGAGGGAAACGGUCAUACUGCAGUUCUAGGAUGCAUGGUGAAGUCACACCGUUGACCUGGCUCCGGUUACGCGUUGGACUAUUGCAACUGAAGAGUUGUUCUGUUUUCAAAGACAUCGUGGAAAACUGAGUGGUUGGUUUAGGCAUUGAAAAUGGUUUAAAGAAAAGAAAAAAAAAAAUAGAGGAAAAAAAAAAACAAAGCCAACAAACGCUGCUGUUCCCACAGUUUUAAUGGCAUUGUCUAACUGGGAGCAACAACAACAAAAAAAAAAAGGAAAAAAAAAAAGAAAAAAAGAAAAAAAAGGAAAAAAAAAAAAAUCUCUUGCUUUCAACCGUAGGUGCUUCAUCUUUGCUGUGUCUGUCAACUAACACUAAUGAUGCUGGAUUUUAUUUCCCAUUUUCAUUGGUAAAACUGAAAUGGAAUGGAGUUGUGCCGAUGCUUGCCCUUAUGGAAUUGGUUUUGUUUUGUUCCGUUCUGUUAAAUAAUGGAAAAAUGGAGAAAAAAUAAGGAAAAAUGGGAAUUUGAAUCCUCCUCGAUUUGUCCAUAGAAACCAACGGCCGGGCCUCCUGCCCUUGGAAACGGUCUUUUAUAUUUUAAUGUAGUCUGUGUAUUUCCGGGCUCUGCUUCUAAUGAUCUCUUAAUAAAAAUAUAUUUUAUUACCAAAAAAAAAAAAAAAAGGAAAAAAAAUAAAAAAGACUUAGGAAUGAAAAUAAUUAAAAAUAAAAAAAAUAUUAAAAAAAUAAAAAUUAAAAAAAAAAAAAAAGAAAAAGAAAAACAAAUAAAAAAUAAUAAAAAUCCAACCAGAAGGAGAGCUUUCAGGCAGUGGUGCCGUGUAACCCCGCUCUGUCCCAUCGCAGCACAUCCGGGCUGGUGGUCCUUGGGUUGGUGAAGGUGGAAAGGUAGAAGCGCCCUGGGUCCAACUGAGGGCACUGGUGGGCUCUUCUCCAACCGGUCUGGAUCCCCGGGGGCAUUACAGGAAGCAGAGAAGCCCAAAGCUUUUGCCUCCCCGUUGUGCUUCAAUUUAUCCGCUUUUGUUUUGUUUUGUUUCAAACUACAAGUUUUUAGCGUGUGGGGUUGGUUGUUUUUUUUCUGUUGUUUUUGUCUUUUUGAUGAGGUUGUUCCCGGGUGAAGCGCUGAGGUUCGCGGUGGGGCGAUGGAACUGAAUUCUGUAUCUUUUGUAAGAUCGCUAGCUUUCUGCAAUGCUUAGUUUUACGAGUCUGACUACGGAUUGCCUACUCCAUUUAUGUAUAAAGAACUAUACAGCGCCGUACCUCGGUAUGGAGCUGCAUAGUGGUGACGUUCUGUACCAGUCCAAGGUCUGAAAUUUGUGGUUGGCCAGUCGCAAAUAGUUCUGUUUUCACCUAUAACCUGUAUCACCUUUGCGGGUGUGUGUGACUUGCGGAUGUACAACAUGUUUACAGAUGUGCCCUGCAUCUAGUCCUCCUCUGUUCCUAUCUGAAUUCUGUUGAGUCUCCCAACUGCUUGCCAAAAGUGGGAAUUGCCUCUGGCCCUGCUGCAAAAGGGCCGGGGUGUUCCUGAGCUUUAAAGCGUUGAACAAACUGGAUAAUGGGGCUGGGAAGGGUAAGGUAGAAGAAAUCUUUUUAUUAUUAUUAUUAAAUAUUAUUAUUAUUAUUUACAAAAUGAAAAGCAAAGUGUUUGCAAAGGCUGUUUGCAAGGCUUCCAGUUUGUUUCACUGGCUUUAAGGCUCUGCUGUGUAUUUAUUUGCCUUGUGUAGUCACUUGUCGCCUUAAGGGCUGGGUUCCAUUAAAAAACACAAAACCAAGACCUGUUUUGCUCCCUGGGGCGUCGAGCCUAGAAAUAAAUCUGUGCGUGUGGCCCCUUACCCCAGCCCUGUCUGCCUUCUGGGUGGAAGCUCAGAAAGAAACGUGGGGCCCAGCAUUGGGCUGGUUGGGUUGAGUUGAGUUGUGUUGGGUUACGUUGAGUUGCGUUGGGUUGGUUGGGCUCUUCUGACAUUCUCUCUCUUGGCCCCGUGCUGAUGGUGGUUCCAAUGCACAACCACCACCUAUCCUGCUGUAUCCCUGACCAUCCUCUCUCCUACCACCCCUCUGGUUGUCCGGCUGUCCUCCCAGCACCUGCUGGGCACUUGGCAGAUAGGAGCUCCUCUUUGAGCUCUGGCUUGCUGAUGAAGGGCUGUGGGGCAGGCAGGCAUUGCCCCGAGCCAUGCAGGGCCACAGGGGAGAGCUCUCCUCUGUGCUUUGUGUAACUCGCCCUGUCCAUCUGCAGUCCUCCCUGUGUCCUCACACAAUUCUUUGCUGAGCACUUAUUAAAAAUAUCUUAAGAUUUAACCUGUUUUCCGAUUAUUUUUGUGUAAACAUUUAAAAAAAAAAAAAAAAAUUGAGCUGUGAUUAAUUUUAGCACAUUUAAGUAGUGCUAAAGUGUUACUGAUGAGUCUCCUGGUCGGUUGGUUGGAUUCAGAUUAUUAGUACUGUAGCAUAAACCAAAUACAGCCCAGUGGGGCGAGCGUGCGUGGGGCUGGGGCUGCAGGUGCCGGCGUCACGCGAGCGUGUGUUUAUUUGUGCCAUUGCUUUUGUUACACUGAGCAGAGUGAGUUUAAAACCUUUAUGUACGUGUAGUGUUGGAAAGCAGCUCUAAGGGUGAGGUGGUGACCUCCUUUUUGUAGUGAUGAGGAUACUAAUUCAGGUUAGGGCUGCUUUCACUUCUCGGUUCUCAUGAUGGGCGCCCCGAGUCCCUUUCCCACCUGCUUCCCUUGCAGGAUUUGUUAUUGAUGUGAGCAGCUGAGGAUUGUACAAGUGUGUGGGUAUCUCUGGUGCCCACUAGUGUGUCUCCAGCAGGUCCUGCAGGUGUCCGUUGAACAAAGUCUUGGUCGCGUGCCACUAAAUGGUCCCCACACGUGGUGCUGGUGGCUCAGGGAGGGCUCAGAGCUGCUCCUCCAGUAGCAGCACAAGGACCUGCAGCCUCUCCGUGCUCCGUUCUCUACGCCUCUUUGCUGGGUCAGCAGUGCUGUGGUGUUGUGGUUCAGUUGAGUUGGUUGUUCUAAACCCUCCGUUAUCUGUGAAGUCCUGAAUCUUCAGUUUCUGGGAUGUGUCUGAUAGCGUGGCCAGCUCCGGUGUGUGGUUUCUGUUGAUCGCCAUCCCCUUUUCUGUCCUGUCAGCCCUGCUGUUUGCUUUUCCCAGAUGCUGUGAGCUUUGAAAGGCAGCAGAAACCGAAUCCUGCUAGAUCCCAGCUGUGCCACUCGGUGAUGGUCAGUGGUCGGCACCGGGGGCUCAGCCAAGGCAGGAAUUGCUUCCUGCUUGGGAAGAAAAUAAGUUAUCCUCAAAAUUAUGUCUGUAACGUGUGCUUUUCACCUUGAGGAGAGCAUCACUUCGGCACGUAGCAUCCUUUCCCCCAACAUGGAGCUGCUUGGAGCACUGAUGCUCGUAGCCAGGAGCUUUCCUGCGUGUGAUGUUGUUCUCAAUUUGGUGUUUUCAGUGCGGAGCUGCCGGAGCACUGUCCUGGAGGUCUGUGUGCCCACAGCCAUUUGUUUCUGUACAGAGGCUGUUUGCAAAGGAGGUGACUGAGGUCAGGAGGGGAGAGAACGAGGCUGAACCCAACAUAAAGCUGCUACAAAACUUCACACAGGGUUGUGAGGCUGGGAGGUGGCCGGGGAAGGAGCCCCGCGGCUUUGGCCAGCACCAGAACAAGGUUUCUGCCUUUGCAACCUACAAAACCCAGUGCAGAGAACCGAGGGGGAGGGAGUGGAAGAGCCCAAUCUGCUCCACCAGCCAGAGAUCCCAGAGCUUUAGGAAUUUGCACAAUACGAAUCGCACACAGGGUAAGGCCCCGGGACCCCCCGUGCUCUGUCCAGGGGAUGCCGAGCUGUAUCGAUCUCGACUGUUAAUCAAAGUUUCGUGUCACGCGUCCAGAGCUCUAAAGCCAUUUUGUAAGAUAGCGGUAUCCCUUUUCUUACAGCCUUAGUAACGAGUAGAGUUAUCUUUAAAAAAGAAAAAAAAAAUAGAACAAAAAUUUUAAAAAAAAAAAAGAAAAGAAAAAAAGGAAAAAAAAAAAAAAAGCCCAAUUAUUUCAUUUCUUUCUGUGGUGUGAAACUCGUGUUCUGCAAACAUGUGAGCGCUGAGCAGGAGUAAAAUGACUGUUUUCUUAAGAGAAACAACAAGAAACUGCUUUCCAGACGGUCUUUCCUCAGGUGCUAAAUAAAGGUUCCAAAAAUGGAUACUGCUUUAGGAGUUCCGGCUUUAUUCCUAACACACGUAUUUUUGUUGCUUAGGUGUCAUUGAGGUAUUUUAACAAGACUGUUGUUGGGUUUUUAUCCAUGUCAAUGAGACGAAGCGUCUUUGUUUCUCGGUUGAUCUCCUCGUUGUCUGUAUUGAACGGUCUGAUUUUCACCUCACCCUUUGGAGAAGGACCCACCUCCCUCGAAGACAUUUCAUUAAGUGUUGCUGCGUUUGAGAGCGAGUCUCCAACCGCUCACGGAUUGAUGCUGCUGCUGCUAUACGUAACCCCGAGAACUGAGAAUGUGUGAUGCACUUUUUUGUCCCCCAAGUUCCCCGAGGAGAGCCGAGCCCUCCCAUAACACAGCCCCCCCUUGAGCCCCACGGCCCGACCCUGGUGCUGACCCGCGGGGAUUUCUAUGCAAACGCAAAGCAAAGGAGGACUCUGACCUUGGAAGAACACUGUGCGUUUCUCUCUCCUUCCUCUUCUCAAGCUGCUAUCGGAAGGGUCGCGCCAACCCAACUCCUCCUUCCUGCUUGGUGGUGAUGUGGGGAAGAUGCCUGAGCACUCAGAAGGUCUGAAAUCUCACUGAGUUCGUGUCUCAUUGCCACCUGUAGCAUUUCCUUCUCUAUUUGAAUACAUCUUUGGAAGGAAAUCACUCAUUUGCAAAAAUAUAUAUCUUUUUAAUGCUUUAUCCCAAUGUGGAGUUGACCUGAAGUGAAGCAGCGAUGCUCAGCCCACAUGGCCUCCUGCCCCAAGGAGGUUCCACAGGACUUUGGGCAGGGAGAGGCGAUGCUAUGGAGAUCCUUACGGGAACUGUGGCAUAAGGGAAGAGUCAGGAGGGUCCAAAGGAGCGUAGGAAUAACGCUUUGGGAUUACAAAUACCGGAGUUUCCCUUCGUCAGCGCCAUCUUUUGCCCAGUGUUUGCUCUCUUACACACCCAGGUGUGUGCAUAUCCCAAACGUGCCUUGUGUGUGUGCUCAGCCGCGGCGGGCAGAGGGCUGUCCUACAGCUGGGACGUGUCCUCCCAAACAUGACCUGUUGGUGCAGCUUCUGAGGGGAUCCGGGGUGGGAGGAAGAGGAUCUGCUUUGCUGUUCUGCAGACAGAAACGAGCGGAGGUCCAAAACCAGUCCUCCUUUGGGGUCGGGGUUCUCUGCGGCCUCUGGGAUCCUGGUGGCAUGGGGCUUUACUCCCUUCCACUUUGUGGUUCAUGUUACUGUGGGGUUUUUUUGCCCGUUUUCUUUUUUUUCUUAAAGGAAAAGUCAAUGCGCCGUGCGUUGCCCAAGCAGAGACGUGGUGCGUGCAGUCAGCAACUUGGGAUGUGAAGCUGUGCAAUUCCUGUUCCCUCAUCUCUCUCCUCACCCUCCCAUGCGCUCUCCCCCUCUGUCUCUCUGUGCUUUUGCCACUGUCAAUGUGAAAGCUUGCUUGCGUUAUUGUUUAGAAAUGCAUUUUGCACACUCGGGUUUCGCUGAAGCUCCGUGAAAAAGGUUCGUUUGAAGCAGAUGAAUAAAGCUAUGCACAUGUUUUGAAAGUUUAAUUUGUGUCUCAUUACCAGAAGUGACUUAUCUGCCCUCUUUGCAUUCCCAUGCUGUCGUUGCCUGCGUUAUCUUCCCACCACGGAGGGCAUGAUGCAAGGUGACAGCUCUUUGCUGACAGCGUAGCAGAAAACUGGCGCUUCUUGAGUUUGGUAGCCUGUCUCUCUUUGCUUUCUCUCUCUCUCUCUGUAUAUCUGUAUAAAUAUAUAUAUUAUUUUUUUAUUUUAAAGAGCCUACUUUAGUAAUUGGAGGGAGAGGGGCGAGCUGGCUUGCUGGGCUCCAUGUCUGUGCACAGUGGCUGUGCCCUUUGUGCCAGAGCAGGGCAUGGAGCACUGUGGGCUGCUGGCACAUGGCAGCCCUGUGCCACAGCGCCCAUGUGGGGUGUUGUGCCCGCGGUGAGGGGUGCGUGUGUGCAGCGGUGGGGUAGGAGCUGCUCUUGGUUUUGUUCUCGUGAGUGAUGUGUGUUGGGCUGCAGGUGCCAGCUCUGCAGGUGUGUUGCUGAUCCCCUCGUGGGGAAGGCUGGAGCUGGGUGGAGGACCCCAGUACCUUUCUCCUUACGUUCCCUUCCCCAUGGCAGAAACCUGUACUAACUCGAUGGCUUUUUUUCAUACCGAACAGGGCUGCUUUUCUACCUGUCUACCAUCACACGUGUACUUACACACCUUUGGCAGCUUGCACGCUUCCAAAGGGCCUCAACUUGUUUACUGGGGGGACAGAUGCUCCUCUCUCCCCCUCCCCAAAUACUUCAGUGUUAGCAGCAGUGUAGAGAGCUGUGGGACUGAGCAGGGCCUGGCUUGGCCCCAUCUGCCCAGCCCAUAGCUCUCAUCCUUCAGUUCCCCAUGUUAGAACCACAAGGGGUUGUGCUCUACCUGCUCAGUAGGAGCUGAGUUACCUCUGACCCACGGAGAGGGGGCAGCCCCUCUUUGUUGUCCAUGUUGAAACAGUCAAGGUCAGUUUUGUUUUCUUCUCCCCUUCCCGGUCUGUUUGAAUGGGUUCACGCACUGCUGAGACAGGAGCAUUUCCCCAGUGGUGAGAAGGCAGCAGUAGGAGUGAGCGUGAGACCUGCUGUGCUGCGCCUGGGGCGGGCGGCGUCACGGACUGUAAGGAGAGGGAAUGUCCAUGAGCUGUAAUGGCAUGAUGUAUCUUUACCAAUGAUGUCAUACUUCACACUAAAUGUUUUAAAAAAUAGUUAAAAGGUAAAAAAAAAAAAAAAAAAUUAAAAAAAAAAACAAGAAAACUUACCUGAAUUUUGUUUAUUCCGCACCAACAGGUCUUCAAAAUUUAUCCAGAUUUUAUUAUUUUAUCAG